CAAAAUCCGUUUUUUGGGAGGAAGUUGAAGGAGUGGACAUUAUUAGUGGAGAGGAAGCAAUAAAUUAGGGUUUAUCAUGACCAAUGUUACGAGCUUGUGGAAUACUAUUGGAUCUUUGUAAAAUUGAUACAAUAGUGUUACAAUGAAUACGAUUGGGAAGUCCAGUGACAAAAGAAGAUUCAUUAUAUCAUUAUUUAGUUCGAAUGGGUGAAAUGAGGGAAUAUAUUCUGUAUUCCAUCUUAUUGACGAUCAUGUCAUGUAAUUCAUUUUGACUAAGAGGAACCGAUUCAUCAUGCAGCGUAGGAGAUAUGUACUGUCAUAUUCUACUUGGUUUCUGAUCCAUGGGGAGAAUGUCGUCUUUAUAAACGAACUAGUAUCAUUUUCUCUUUUGAUACUUACCUGACUGUUAAUAUUGUUGGAUACUUGAUUCCAUUUGGUUUGAUGUAUACUGCUUAAACUCGUGUUUCAGUUGCAGAGAUUAGAAGUGCGAGUACCAUCGCCUAGUUAACACAACCUCGUAGUCGGAUACUCUUGUACUCUUAUACAUGCUUCUAGAGGCAUCGAUAUAUUUUCAUAAGUGCUUUUUCCUAGAUUCCUCUGCACUAAUUAUCAUUUAAACUAAACGUGCACAUUUUUCUUACAUGCCUUUGUAUUCUUCAUAUCGGCUUGCUUUAACCUUGUAAUUUCAUGUGUUGCCACCCUCAUGCAAUUUGUAGUCAGGUCUACUUGGCUUGCUUGUUCUUGCUCAUUCUUUGUUAUUCUGGGCUUGCUCAACAUAACGCGUCAGUAAAGUCGGUGCAGAGCAUCUCUUGCGACUUCUUUUCAUGGCACAUUUCCAGCUCAUACGACGAAGAUAACUGGGAUACAUUUGGCUAGUAUUUCAUACUCGUUAUACAUGUUGAAAAUGGAAGUAGCAUCAUUUGCAAAGAAAAAUCUACCUCAAGUAUUUUUUUAUUUCUUCCAAUGACAACAUUGUUUUGUACUCCUGACAGGCACAAAAAACUGGAAGCGAUGCCACAGAUCUGAAAGGCUCCAUGAGACAGAGAAUGAGGUUUCUUGUUGCAGUUUGCUUCGGAUCAGCCAAGAAGAGAACGGAGUCCUCGUGAAUGAUCAACACAACGCUAACAUGGAGAAGGAUGCUUUCCGUGACAUCUCGAAUCUUUGAUCCAAGAAAUCUCAUGUUUUAGCCGACAUUUAGAAGAAGACGACGAGACAUAAGGCGAUCGGGGAGGCAAGAGAAGCGCUGUCGAGAACCGGUUGCUCGAGCGGAAGAGAGGUGGAGAGGAGAUCGGUGCAUUGGAGCUUGUUCUCGGGAGGCGAAGCGAAGCGAAGCUUUUUGGAUCGAGCCAUCCGAUAGCCGGUGAGUGGGAAAGAGACGAUGGACAUGGCGGCGCGGAAGCAGGGGAAGACCAACUUCGCCGUCACCUGUAGCCUCCUCAGCCGUUACAUCAAGGAGAAGGGGAGCGUCGCCGAGUUAGGGAUCGAGAUGGGCCAACGACCCGAAUACGCCGCCAAAGGCAAAUCGCAAGCGUUUCGGCCGCCGCCGACCACCAUGAGCCUGUUGCCGGAAGCGGACGGCGAGAAGGAGGAAGACGUUUCCUCCGCCGGAAACGCCAUGGAGCUGUUUCCACGGCGGGCUGGCUUCGUCCCCUCUCUCGCGGCUGUGGCCGAAGAUGCCAGUGAACAAGAAAGGAACCAACUCACAAUCUUCUAUGGAGGGAAGGUGAUGGUGUUCGACAAUUUUCCAGCUAAGAAAGCCAAGGAUCUGUUGCAGCUAGCAAGCAAGGGGAGCUCAACUGCACAGAAAUCUGGCCAUCUAUCAAGAACAGUACAGCUUAAUCUAUCUUACCUUCCUAUCGCUCGAAAUGCGUCGCUCCAGCGAUUCCUUGAGAAGAGAAAAGAUCGGAUCAGUGCGAGAGCACCAUAUCACGUUACUGCCUCUCCUGAAACGGUGAAUCCUGUGAAGCAAGAGAAGAGCGGAUCAUGGCUUGGCUUGGGUCCUCAGUUCUCAUUUCCCAGCCUCAGUCUGAGCUCUGAGCACACCAGAAAGGAUCACCCGUAAGGCUCAGGAAUCUCAGAUGAUGUCAAGUCUUGAUUACUUCUUUUUCUAGAAUACUUCUUCGUGGUACUGUAAAAAAUGUGUUUGAUGUCACUGAUGACUUAGGUUUCAGAUUCUUCCUUAUUAACAGACUGUGUCUCAUACUGUUGCCUUAUAGGAAUCAAAGGAACAUACAUGUACCUAUUAUCAUGAUAAAUUCAAUACAAAUUUUGUUUGCAGAAUUGGUGUUC